GGUCCAAGUUAUGGCUGCCACAGAGGCCCAGGGCCUCGUUGCGGGCCAGCGGGAGGACGCUGCGGGGGUCCACGGUGGAGUCGGGUCCUUGGAUCACGAAGACAGUGAAGAUUGCAUCCUGGAGCCGCUCUCCCUGCCAGAAAGCCCAGGUGGCUCCACCGCUUUAGCGGGGCCUCCAUCUGUGCCUUGUAUUUUCUGUGAAGAACAUUUUCCCGUGGCUGAACAAGACAAACUUUUGAAGCACAUGAUUAUUGAGCAUAAGAUUGUCAUAGCUGAUGUGAAACUGGUUGCAGAUUUCCAAAGGUACAUUUUAUAUUGGAAAAAAAGGUUCACUGAACAGCCCAUCACAGAUUUUUGCAGCGUGAUAAGAAUCAAUUCCACAGCUCCAUUUGGUAAGAGCAUGAAAGAACAGGACAACUACUUCUUGUUGUGUGAUGUGUUACCGGAAGACAGGGUCCUCAGAGAGGAGCUUCAGAAGCAGAAACUGAAAGAAAUUCUGGAUCAGCAACAGCACGAGCGGAAUGAUACGAGCUUUCGUGGCACGUGCAUGUUUUGCACUGAGGAAUUCCAUGGAAACAGGUCUGUUCUGUUGAACCACAUGGCCAGAGAACACGCUUUCAACAUUGGCUUGCCAGACAACAUUGUAAACUGCGCUGAAUUCCUCCACACAUUACAGAAGAAACUGGAUAAUUUACAGUGUUUGUACUGUGAGAAGACCUUCAGAGACAAAAACACACUUAAAGAUCACAUGAGAAAAAAGCAGCAUCGUAGGAUCAACCCAAAGAACAGAGACUAUGACCGAUUUUAUGUCAUCAAUUACUUGGAACUCGGGAAAUCCUGGGAAGAAGUGCAGCUGGAAGAUGACCGCGAGCUGCUGGACCUCCCAGAAGAUGACUGGUCUGACUGGCAAGAAUACCCUGUCUGCGCUGUCUGUCUAUUUUGUGAAAAGCAAGAAGAAACGAUAGAUCAAUUGUAUGUGCACAUGAAGGACACACAUGGGUUUGAUCUCCUCAGAAUAAAGUCAGAGCUCGGAUUAAAUUUCUAUCAGCAAGUGAAGCUGGUCAACUUCAUCCGAAGGCAAGUUCACCAGUGCAGAUGCUACAGUUGCCAUGCGAAGUUCAGAUCCAAGACCAAGUUGAGGGCCCACAUGGAGGAAGCUAAGCACGCCUCCCUACUUCCUGACAGGAAGACGUGGGAUCAGCUGGAAUAUUACUUCCCCACCUACGAGAAUGACGCUCUCCUGUGUACCCUGUCUGACAGUGAAAGUGACCUCACCGCUCAAGAGCGCGAUGAAAAUGUUCCUGUCAUCAGUGAAGAUACAUCCAAGCUGCGCGCUUUGAAACGGAGCAGUGUUUUGAACCAACUGCUCCUCCAGGAAUGCCUGGAGAACUAGAGAAACUGCUGCAGACUCGGGUUGUGUGCUUUUCUCCUGAGGCAGAUGGGAAAGAGCUCAGAUCUGAUUGCCAGCAAAGCACCACUCAUUGCUGAAAUCAUGAUCGACUUAAUGAAACUCUCCUCAAGAAAAAGAGCAAAAAUAAAAUGUGUCUUUCUUUUUA